AUGUCCAAAAUUUUUUACGCCCAGCAUUCAAAUAAUUUUGCGGAGCUAUUCAAAAGCGGCAAAAAUUAUGACCUUGUAUUGUAUGCAGGACACAAAAACGAUAGAAGAGAAUUCAAAGUACAUACUCAAAUCCUGUGCGCUCAAGCAAAAUACUUUCAAGUUGCACUAUCCGAAAAAUGGCUCAAAAAGAAGGGAAAAUGUUAUGUCUUUGAAAAAACCAACAUCGAGGCUGAUGUCUUUGAAAUCAUCCUAAGAUAUCUGUAUACAGGAAAAAUAAACAUAGAAGAUUGUGAUGGCUCUCAAAUUCUCAAAUUGUUGGUUGCAACGGACGAGCUGGAUUUAGUUGAUCUACUCCAAUACACGCAAACUUACUUUAUUGAAUCAAGAAAAUCGUUCAUAGUCGAACAACCGGUCCAAGUGCUUAAAUCAAUUUUCCGGCUUGAAUCGUGCAAAACGCUCAGGCUCUUUUGCCUUGGCGAAAUUUGCAAAAACUAUACAUAUCUGUUCGAUUCUGAUUAUAUGGCAUUGGACAAAGACAUGCUUGCUCAGGUUAUACAACAGGAUGGAUUACAGAUGAAAGAAGUUGAAUUGUGGAAAUGUGUUUUGAGAUGGGGUCAAACUAGACAUCCAAGAUCGAAAGAUUCCCCAACGAAAUGGUCGAAGUAUCACGUGAAUCGAAUGAAGAAAACACUGGCCGGACUUAUUGAACACAUUCGGUUUUUUACAAUACCUAAAGACGAAUAUUAUGAUGAGAUUAGGCCAUACAGAAAACUACUCUCCAAGCAGCUAAAUGAAGAUAUAUUGCAAUUUAUUAUGAUACCAUCCAGGAAACCGAGCAAUAUUAUGGCAAAAGCUAGAGCAAGACCACUGUUAGAUUCGAGAUUAAUUCGGCAUUCUGUUAUGGCUUUUAUUGCUAGGUGGAUUGAUUCCAAGAAUAUCGGUUAUGACGAGAUUUCCCGCAA